GUACAUUUGGUGGCUGUGAGGGUGGGUGCAAUUUGGAGGAGACACAACUGUUGCCUCGACAUCGAGGCUGUGGCCGUGAGAUUCUCUGCACGAAGCAACACCGCUGUGUCAGCACCACACUGCAACAGCAGCACCAGACAGACACGCGUGUGUUUCACGUUCCGGCACCACUGUAACUUCGUCCUUUCACCAUGGGAACCACAAGCUCCAAGCUUGCGGGCAGAGGGUCUGGAGAAGCCCCGGUGAAACCGCAACACGCCACCGCCGACUCUACGCCUGCUACCUGUCCGCUCGGGUUCGACAAAAAGACGAACACUAAGGCGGAGGGGGGCGACUCGGGUCCCACAAACCGCAGCAAUAGCACCGCCGAGGCACAAGCGGCAGCUUCUUCAUCGUCUUGCCCCGUCAAGACGUUGCUUCCCGGCAGCGGGGCCGGCUCCGCAGCACCAGCACCUUCCGCCGACGCUCCAACUUCCAGCUGCCCGGUCAAGGAAGAGAACCGACCGAAGGUAGCCAAAUACCUGCACCCACACAAGUACAACGUGUACAGUCAGAGGAUAAACACCAAGGAUGGUCUCGACCCCACCAACAACAUGCCGGCCAACCCCAACCAGCAGCCGGCUCCCGGGCAGGAGAAGCCCUUGUCCACGGCGAGGGUGCAGAGCACGAUCCCGAAGGGCGGGGAGGAGACCACCUGGACCUACCCGUCACCGCAGAUGUUCUGGAACGCUCUGUCCCGCAAGGGGAAGGCCGAAAACACGGAGGAGGGAGACAUGGACAUCGUUGUUUCAAUCCACAACAACAUGAACGAGGUCACCUGGAAAAAGAUAUUGGAGUGGGAGAAGUUGAGAAGUCGUGGAGGGAGCGGCGUCGACGGCGCGGAGCCCCGCUUGCUGCGGUUCAAGGGCCGCCCUAACGACACGGCCCCGAAGGCGCUGGCGAAAAUGGUGCUCGGACACCCGCUGCCGUUCGACCGUCACGACUGGGUAGUGGACAGGGGAGGGGACGAGCGGCGGUACGUGAUCGACUACUAUUACGAUGACGGUGCUGUGGAUGAAGAGGGGAUGCCAGGGCUGCACGCGGAAGGGGCGGUGAAAUCGAUCAAGGUUGACGUUCGCCCCGCUUUGGACAGCUUCCGAGACUUGGCAGACCGAUUCGUGCAGAUGCCUUUCGCGCGCCUGACGGGGAGGAGUGAGUUCGUCCCUCUCAGCUUGCGCCCCUCUCCGACGAUGAAGGCCAGGGAGCCGUGGGCAAAGCUUGGAAUGGACGAAGGCCUCCCUUCGACGCCCCCCGCUGCUGCCGGUGCGGGCUCAGCAACAGCAGGCAGCGCGAGCUCUCCGACAGGAGUGCCGCUGUCGACCAGAGAACGAGACGCCCGCGCUCUGAAGCGCGUGCAGAAGAAGUGCGCGAAGCCGCUGGGCGCCUUGCGGGCGGCGGAAGGCGCCGGAGACGCGGAGCUAGCGGAGGCGGCGGCGCUAAAGCUGGAGUACUGCACGGCCCGGUACCUGUGCAAGAAGGAGGCGUUGGCGUACAAGGAGGCGUUGGCGUACGCCGGGUCCUCGGGGAGCAUCGUGGGGAACGACACGGCGCACGCGUACUGGGCCGAGAUAGCGCUGGAGCGAAGGCUCGAGGACAUGCGAGGCGCUCUGUCCGCGUUCACCGAGAGGCAGAUGGCGCGGCGAAGAGAGGAGGAGGAAGGCGGAGACGGCGAAGCUUGACGCUUCGCAGAACGGCGGUGGUGCGGAGGGAAGCAGCGGAGUCGCAAGCAGUUGGUGGUGUUGGGGCUAGGAGACGAUGGCAGUUAGAGGGGAGCGGCGGGGCGUGACUGUUUGGACCGGAUGCUGAGCUCUUCAACGCGUGCCCGGGGGGUAGUAGCGAAAUGGAUUGCGGAAGAGUGUUGGAAGAACGUGAGGUCGUGGGCGCGAAGAACGGCGCCACCUUUCCCCUUAUUCGCGCUUCUUGUUAGUGGGAUAGCGGCACUACAGCGUCUUGCAGUGCUGCUGAACGUGUGGUACAUCAAUGACCCACAUGUUUCACGCAGCAUUGAUGACGCCUCGGUAGACAUCACAACUUGAAAUGGAGCCGGAAUUGUCGGAGCACUUCCCCCGGAGACACGGACCUUGUGGUCGCAGCAGCACGGUUAGGUUGUGGAGCCUGCAGUAUGCGGGUUUCACAAAGGAGGCAACACACUGGUCAAUUGGGAAUUCCUAAUCGCUCGUCCCUGACAAAGGAGCAAGCGCGCGACCACGAGAAAAACAACGGGGCAGACUACAAUCACUCCCCCCCCCCAAGUAAAGCAACAUCGAUGGUACACUACUUGCUCUCCUAGGCACUUGAAACGCACUUGAAACUGCACUGCGGAAACAUCUACGUCGAUGCCACCUACGGUAGUUCAUCGGGAUACUAUUCUGUCGGGCAGAUGCCGCUAUACCCAUCCCACAAUCGAUGUUGCAGGGCUUUGGAUAUUGAUACAUGGUUCGGACCCCCCACCGGUGACUGUUCCAUUUGGUUCAACACAGAAGCGAAACUCCACAGCUGGCAACGAUUUCACGACAAGCUUACCGUGGCCAAGCUCGCGAUGAACAAAUAAAGUGAGCAACAACACUGGCAACAUCAAUGAGAUAGUCAUCACAACACCAGCGUUAGGUUAUUGAGGGGGAGGAGGGCCUCGCUAGACUACAUGGGGCCACAAGCGAAACGUGAGAGGCACGGCCGUUGACUCCGUCAUACACCAAUGGCAAGUUGAGCAGUGCCGAAGCGGACGCGAAGCAUGCACGAUCUAGCCAGUCAAAUCGGGCUGUAAAGGAGAUCCCGCCAAGGAUGCUCACAACAGCUAAAUACCUCGCAAUUUUUUUCCCCUUACAAACUUCGCCCGCACAAUCUGGGGGGAUCGCACUCACCCUCAACCAAGUAUCCAGAAGGGUUCUAGGUCCACGACGUUCCUCAUUAGUACAUCUUACUACCGCCGCAACAAUAAAAACAGUCGCCCGACAACAUGCCAUCAACCAUCAACAGGAUUUUUUCAUGACAACAGCAGGUCGUUCAGUCCUUGUGGGUAACAAGGAAAACCAGGGCGGAUCCCAACGACCCAAUCUACCACCCACAGAUAAUGUGACGCAGGUUGAACAUUUGGUGCCCUUGCACGUGGCAUUCCUGAGCCCGGGCUCUCAAACAGCGCUAUUGCUGCCACCCUCCUCUCUUUCACCCCUCCGGUAAUUCUACGGCGCAUCGCGCUCGGUGAUGUGCGAGCCUACAUAGUCCGGUGAGAACCCAGCGUGCUACUUCCCGGCUUUGUUGGGAUGCGAGGCAGACUAUUUGACGACUAUGGCAUGCACAGAUAUGUAUGUGUACACCCGUCAUCUACUAGCUGAGGGGGGUAAGGACGAGAAGGUGUCCCCACGAGUAAGUCAACUUGUGGAAACGACCUUCCGUCACCAAGGAAGGAAUCACGGUUUGCAUCCUCAGUAGUCGUACACCUCCUGCUCCUCCUCCUGCUCCU